AUGCUGGCUCGAAGGGUUCUUUCCGUUCCUGUGCGAUUUGCCGCCACCCCGGCCGGUGUUCCACCAUCUCUCGUCGGUGACAAGUACGAAGAGACCUACGGCUUCGGUUUCAACCAGGACAUUCCUGCUGACACCCCUGCCUUCGCCGAGAUGGUUGCCAAGCGAAACGAAGCCGCCCACAUCGCUCAGCUCAAGGACAUCGAUGGCUGGGAGCAGCACGUCCUCAAGACCGCUCUUUCGCGAGCUGACGAGUACGAAGCCCGACGAAAGAAGGCUACCGUCUACCACCCCUUCCAGAAGCAGAGCUCCUGGUUCACCGAAGACGUCUACGAAGCCGCCUACUUUUACCCUCGACUCUUCAAGGCCAACGUCGAGCGAUACCGACGACACAACGUCUGGGGCCUCGAAGAAGAACUCCAGUCUACAUGGGCUAAGCCAUACGCUGCUUUCUGCCUCCUCUGUCUUUUGAUCGCCAACUCUGGCUCGCAAGACUCGCUCGAGGGCCCUGGUAUCUUCUCCGUCUUCGGCGAAGUCAUGGACGGCCACUGCCAGUAA